CACCUUCGAAGCGAGCGCAAUUAGAUUCGUCUAUUUGUACAUAUUCCCCGACUAUACACUUAGGCAAGUGUCUCGACAAGCAUGCAAGGACAGGCACGUGACCUGCUCCUUCACCCCCGUCAAUCCUUGCCAUUCGCCUGAAAAGAACCUCUUGACCCCUGAUAUGUCCUCAGGCGGGGAGUGAUGUCUCUUCUCUACAGCUUCAGUGGCAUAUCACUUCAACCCCACCUGGGCAUCCACCUGCCACGUCUGUCUGCAGCGACACCCGGCAUCGGCGCUCCAACGAAUCAGCGUCUCACCACCCCGUUUUUUCCAUGAUGACUCUAUACAAUUUUUCCGAGCAUAAAAGCUAACCUUCCGAGGUUCCCACGGCUGUAUAGAAUACUUUGAUAUGCCCUCCGAAACCGAAUUCCAUCUCUUCACCUCCCUCCGCUACGACCCCCUCCUUCUCACCUCGGAGGAGAACUCCCAAUCAUGGCUGAACUUCGUCUCACCAUCCCCCUUCUACAUGCUGGUGUACCACCGAGAUCGCAUGCUAGAAGCGGCGCAGCACUUCGAAUUCCGCGAAGUCGCCAAAAGACUCGAGGACGGCAAAGCGCUGCAUGAGUCAUUGUUGAAGGAGGUUAGGGCGUGGGUGGAGAAGGGCGGGCAAGAUGAGGCGCUGAAACUGCGAAUACUGUUCGAUCGCGACGCCAACAUGACGGUCGAAUUCGCGGUCCUGCCUCCCGUCCCACUAUCGACGCUCUACCCACCCUCCCUGAAUCCUCCCAAAGCAACCCCAACUCCCCAUCCAGCAAACACUUUCAAGCCAUCUCCCUUGACAGGCGGCGCUCUCAACCUCGGACCCACGGACUCUCUGCCCGCUCAGUCUCAGUCCACUCCACCACCAGCAGCAGAAUGGGUCGUAAAACUCGAUACCGAACCCACCCCCUCAACUCCAUUCACCCUCCUCAAGACCACACACAGAGAGUUCUAUGAGAAGAGCCGGCAGCGCGCCCUCCCAGUCAACCCCUCUAGCCCUAUGCUCACCGAAGUCCUUCUCUACAACGAAGUUAACGAACUAACCGAAGGCACUAUGACCUCUCUGUACUUCUUCCGAGGUGGGCGGUGGGUGACGCCACCCGUUGGCGUGCCAGCCGGAGAAUUCACUUCCUCCACCCUGAAAGACGGAGAUCGCAACGGGAAUGGAGACGAAGGCGAGCUACGGAAGCCGUUUGCCGGGCGUUGGGGGCAUAGUGUGAGGAGUGCGAAGGUGGGAGCGGGAGGGCAGCGCGGCACGAGUAGGAGAUGGGCACUGAAGAAGGGGUUUUGUAUGGAGGAGCCAGUUGGGAAGGAGACAGUGAGGGUUGGAGAGGGUGUGUGGGUUAGUAAUGGUGUGAGGGGAUUUGGAUUUGGGAGGGUCGUAGAGUAGGCGAGGAGGAAGUUGUGCACACGAGCACACUGGACGAGUGUUGAAGCAAUGGAUCAUUCUCGUUUAUGCGGUAGGUAUAUGCAGUGCAUACGCUAAGAACAAGAG